CACCUUUAUUCGUGGUUUUCGCCCGUGGCUGUGAGAGAGCAAAAUGGAGGAGGCUUCACGGAGCGACGAACCCAAUCGGAACCCUAACAUCGAUCGGAGCUCGAAUCCGAAUCCACUGUCGUCUAUAAUCUCUUCCGCGCACGUUUGGCCGACGAUCGACGGUCCGUUGGGGUUAACGGAGGAAGCAUCGGUGGAUUACGCUCGUCGAUUCUACAAGUUCGGAUUCGCUCUGUUGCCCUGGCUCUGGGCUGUCAACUGCUUCUACUUCUGGCCUGUCCUCCGUCACUCUCGUGCUUUCCCUCAGAUCCGCAAUCAUGUUGUUAGAUCAGCUAUUGGGUUCAGUGUCUUCACAGCUCUGCUUUCAGCGUGGGCAUUGACAUUCUCGAUAGGGGGAGAAGAGCUUUUUGGACCUGUUUGGGAUAAGCUGGUUAUGUACAACGUUGCUGAUCGUCUUGGCUUGUCUGGCUUGGCUUAGCCUCUCUCUCUCAUUGUUGCUCUUGUUUCCCUUCUUAUAUAUGCUUAGCAGUACUUGUUUGAGGAGAUCCAUGUUGUGAAUAUAAGCUGGAUAUUCAACGUUCUAUGAACCAAACAGCUCUUGAUGUAUGAUCUCUGUUGUAUCUGCGUAGACCAAAUAAGCUAAUGGGCUUGAUAGUGUAAUGAUUUGGCCCAUA